AUGUCAUCUGGAAGAAGACCCAGCCUGUUCAAUACUGUGUCGAAUGACCUAAUCACUGAGGACCCCAACGCGCCUCAUGUUCCUCGUUUGACGAGGAGACUGACGGGAUUUUUGCCGCAAGAGAUCAAGGCGAUAGAAACGAAGAUCCCGGUGCAAUCGCGCGAGCUUUGGAACAAGCACAAGGUGCAAAAGUUCAACACUAGCGAGGAAUUUGAGGAAAAGUUUAUUUCGCAUGUUGAAUGGACGUUAGCCCGUUCGUUGUACAAUUGUGACGACCUGGCAGCGUACCAGGCUACCUCACAGUCGGUGCGCGAUAACUUGGUGAUUGACUGGAACAAGACACAACAGAGACAAACCGUUCGUGGUGGAAAACGUGUGUACUAUUUGUCCCUUGAGUUUCUGAUGGGCAGAGCUCUAGACAAUGCAUUAAUCAAUAUGCGUACCGACACGUCUGCACAGGAUGUUGGUAAAACUGAUCAAGUGCUGACCAAAGGAAAUACAUCGCGGGAGAUGAUUCGCCAAGCGAUGAAGGACCUGGGCUUCAAGCUGGAGGAUAUUCUCGAGCAGGAACCAGAUGCGGCUUUAGGGAACGGUGGCUUGGGCCGUCUGGCAGCUUGUUUCGUUGACUCUUUAGCCACAGGUAAUUUUCCUGCUUGGGGGUAUGGGCUGCGCUACCAGUACGGUAUUUUCGCGCAGAAGAUCAUCAACGGUUAUCAGGUGGAGACUCCAGAUUAUUGGCUCAACUUCAGUAACCCUUGGGAAAUUGAACGUGCCGAAAUCCAAGUCCCGAUCAACUUCUAUGGAUACGUUGAUCGCACAAAUGGCGAGCAGUCUACACUAGCACCUUCUGAUUGGAUUGGCGGUGAAAGAGUGUUAGCAAUGGCCCACGACAUGCCUAUCCCUGGCUUCAAAACGUCGACUGUCAAUAAUUUGAGACUCUGGAACGCAAAGCCAACCACAGAAUUUGACUUUUCUAAAUUCAACAGUGGUGACUACAAAAAUUCGGUGGAACAGCAACAGCGGGCAGAGUCCAUUACUGCUGUUCUCUAUCCUAAUGACAACUUUGAGCAAGGUAAAGAAUUGCGGCUGAAGCAGCAGUACUUCUGGUGCGCUGCUUCUUUGCACGAUAUUGUAAGAAGGUUUAAGAAGAACGGGAGGCCCUGGUCUGAGUUUCCUGAUGCUAUCGCUAUCCAAUUGAACGACACCCACCCCACAUUAGCGAUUGUUGAAUUGCAAAGAAUUUUGGUUGAUUUGGAGAAACUUGAUUGGCACUUGGCCUGGGAUAUUGUUAUAAAGACGUUUGCUUAUACGAACCACACUGUUAUGCAAGAAGCCCUGGAGAAAUGGCCCGUGGGUUUGUUAGGUCACUUGUUGCCAAGACACUUGGAGAUCAUUUUUGAUAUCAACUGGUUCUUCCUACAGAACGUGGAGAAAAAGUUUCCCCAUGAUAUGGAGCUAUUGUCUAGAGUCUCUAUCAUCGAAGACGCUUCCUCAGAUAGGCAAGUGCGCAUGGCGUUUUUGGCCAUCAUUGGUUCUCACAAGGUCAACGGUGUGGCGGAAUUGCACUCGGAUUUGAUCAAGACAACAAUUUUUCAAGAUUUCGUCAAGAUAUAUGGCGCCAACAAAUUCACAAACGUUACAAAUGGUAUCACUCCUAGGAGAUGGUUGAAGCAAGCCAAUCCCAAGUUGGCCCAGCUUAUCAGCGAGACCAUAAAUGAUCCUAACGAUGAUUACCUGCUUGACAUGUCAAAAUUGACAGAGCUAUCCAAAUAUGCCGAAGACGCGGGGUUCCAAAAGAAGUGGAACGACGUGAAACAAUUCAACAAAUUGAGACUUGCUGAUUUGAUCAAGCGUCUAAAUGGUGGUGUUGACGUAAUCGAUAGAGAGCACAUUAGAAACACUCUUUUCGAUAUCCAGGUUAAACGGAUACACGAGUACAAGCGCCAACAAUUGAACAUCUUUGGUGUAAUUCAUAGAUACUUGGAAAUGAAGGAGAUGCUGCAGUCUGGUGGAUCCAUUGAAGAAGUGGCCAACAGGUACCCACGUAAAGUUUCCAUCUUUGGUGGGAAGAGUGCUCCGGGUUACUACAUGGCCAAACUGAUCAUCAAACUUGUCAAUUCGGUUGCCGAGGUUGUGAACAACGAUGCCGAGAUCCAAGAUUUACUCAAGGUGUACUUUAUCCCCGACUAUAACGUUUCAAAAGCUGAGAUAAUUACACCUGCAAGUGACCUGAGUGAGCACAUUUCCACCGCUGGUACAGAGGCUUCCGGUACUUCGAACAUGAAGUUUGUGAUGAACGGUGGUUUGAUCAUCGGCACUGUGGACGGAGCCAACGUGGAGAUUACUCGAGAGAUUGGUGAAGACAAUAUUUUCCUGUUUGGAAAUCUGAGCGAAAAUGUCGACGAACUCCGUUACAACCACCAAUUCCACAACCCUGAAUUACCAAAGCCUCUAAAGAGAGUUUUAGACACUGUUGAAAGCGGUGCAUUUUCACCUCAAAACCAUCACGAGUUUAAACCGCUGACUGAUAGCAUUAAAUAUCACGGCGAUUACUAUCUAGUGAGUGAUGAUUUCGAAUCUUACAUUGCUACGCAGGACUUGGUGGAUGAGGUAUACCACAAAAACAAGAAGGAGUGGCUCAAGAAGAGCAUUUUGAGCGUUGCCAACGUUGGGUUUUUCAGCAGUGACAGGUGCAUUGAGGAAUACGCUGAGACUAUUUGGAAUGCGGAGCCCGUGAAGCCAGAAUGA